CGCCACUGAGCAGAGCUUAGGCGGACGCGCCGCGUCCGAUCCGCCGGAGAGUCUAUGACCUACUCUCCUUCUGCAACGCAACUUCGUGAAGGACAUACUGGGGGUUUGACAUUAUAAUGAUUCUUAGACCCUUCCCUGGCUUCUACUACAGAGUGGAAAUUGAAUUUUUAGUGUUCACUCAUAAUGACAAGUGACAAAGGAAGGACUUCAAAGAAGGCUGCUGAGGCUUCACCCUCUGCUUUGGCUGUGCCUGAUGGAGGAGCCAGCAGUGGACGGAAGAAGGGACGGCUGCCCAAUGGGAGGACAACAGGUCCAGCAAGGCGCUCAACCAAAGGGAAUUGGACCCUGGAAGAGGAUGAUAUACUUCGGAAGGCUGUUGAAAUCCACAAAGGAAAAAACUGGAAAAAAAUAGCUGAGUGUUUUCCUGAUAGGACCGACGUUCAAUGCUUGCAUAGGUGGCAGAAGGUUUUGAAUCCUGAGCUAGUCAAAGGGCCAUGGUCUAAAGAAGAAGAUGACAUUAUUAUUAAGAUGGUAAAGGAAUAUGGACCCACAAAAUGGUCAGCCAUUUCCCAAGCUUUGCCAGGACGCAUUGGAAAGCAAUGCCGUGAAAGGUGGUACAAUCACCUUAAUCCUGGGAUAAAUAAAGAUGCAUGGACACAAGAAGAGGAGAUAAGACUCAUUCAAGCUCAUCAAGUCUAUGGAAACAAAUGGGCUGAACUGUCAAAAUAUCUACCAGGAAGGACGGACAAUGCCAUAAAAAAUCAUUGGCACAGCUCAGUGAAGAAGAAAUUUGAAUCAUAUAGAGCAGAAGGUUUACUGGCUCAGUUUCAGGGCCUACAAGCUGUUGUAUAUCCUACAGGGAGCCUAAAUGUUGAUUCGUCAUCUACAGUAACCCAGCAAAGUGAAGGUAGUGGUUUGAAUGUUAUUCGGGAGGUGGAAGAUUCCUCCGAGUUUAGUCAAUCAGCAUUUGCCAAUGUUUCUUGUUCUCAAGUGGAGCAAGUUGAUGAGGCUGUGGGCUAUCAUGCCCUAGUGCAUUUCAAUGAUGAAGGACCACAUGAAUCUUACUCUUCAUGUCAGGAAACAUGCUAUAAUAACGCCAAUAGUGAUGCUUCUGCUUUACCAGAGACUCACCACUUGCUAUCUUUCUCUGAAAAUGAUCUAGAUAAACACUUGCAGCAAGAAUUUUCUCAAGCCGACUUUGAUCCUCAGUCCGAACUGUGGCAGGAUAUUUCUUUUCAGAAUCUUCUUAAUGCACCAGAUUCCGUCAAUGCCGAUUCUUUCUUGAGUUCAAAUUACCAGCACAGUGCAUAUUCAUCUGAAGUUGCAAACAAUUUUGAAGAACCACUUUAUCCAUUGCAGACACUGAACUCAUCAGGCAUAGCAGGCGCCGUGCAUCAUCAGAGUUCUGAUACAUCAUUAGCACCAUCCUUUAUUUGUUCAGGCAGUGAAAACGAGACUGUUUCCUGUGAUCCGCCUAUGGUGCCAGAAUCGAGAAAGCAACAGCUGACAAGUGUUGAAGAGUCAUGUUUGGAACCUACAACCAUGGGGAGAGAAGCAUCACCAAUCCAUAGUGAAUCUGUGAUAGACAAAAAGCAGCAUCCAGAAUGCUAUGAACCUCUUUGCUUCUCAGGUGUUGAAGUUCCAUUUGUCAGCUGUGAGCUCGUAAGCUCCAGUGACCUCCCAGAAUAUAGUCCUUUUGGCAUUCGAGAGUUGAUGAGGUCAUCCAUGAACAUCUCCACUCCACUAAGAUUAUGGGGCUCUCCUACUCGUGAUGAGAGUCCUGAUGCUGUGCGGAAAAGUGCUGCCACAAGCUUUAUAUGCACACAGUCAAUAAUGAAGAAGCGGCAGAGAGAGUUCCCUUCACCUAUUCCAGAUGUAAGGCGUGCAAAGAAAAUGGAUACUGAAAAGGAUUGUGGUAAGUCAGCCAUGCCAUUCACAAGAACUGAGAUAUCUUGUGUAGAUGCCACUGGAGAUGAAUCACUUGAUUUAUUUUCUCAUGAAAAUGAGGAAAAUUCGAAAGAAGCCACUUAUCAGGGUAAAACUGAAGAAAAUGGAAAGAGAAAUAAUUUGGAGAAAAGGGAGAUAUGUUCAGUGAGGGAUGCCGCCAACAAUGUAGUGUCCUCGGGGAUUCUAACAGAGAGCAACGCCAAUAGCUUCACUACACCUAAGAAUGGCCCCAAUCCAGAAAGUCGGAAGCUAAAUACCACUGCAAAAUCUUUUUCUAAAGACAUAAUAUCUUCUCGAUCAAAACCAGCAGAACUUCUUGUUGAAAAAUCUUCAGCGUGUAUCAAUGCUGAUUAUGAGUAUGUAAACAUAUUGGCUGAUACCCCAGGAAUCAAAAGAGGGUUAGAAUCUCCUUCUGCGUGGAAGUCCCCUUUGUUCAAAAACUUUCAGGAUGUAUUCUUCAUGAGCCCAGCAAGCACAACUUUUGAUGCUCUAGGAUUGGUGAAGCAAAUAAAUGAACGGAAUGCUCCUGCUUUGGAGGAAACCCAUGAGCUCCUAGCAAGUGGGACCUUACAAAACCAAUGCAGCGAGGAAGACUCUGAUAAGGAAAACAUAGACCAUAUUAUUAUCAAAAAGGAACAUGUAACAACCAACCAGCCAUCCAAAGUCAUGUCCGAGGCAAGGAUUCUUGAUUUUAACGAGUGCACAACACCUGUGAAGAACAAAGAAGAUAACAGAUGCCGCACUUUAGGAAGAUCUCCAACUUCCUCUUAUCUCUUGAAGAAUGUGCGCUAAAGUUUUGGGCAAGUGUCUCUUUGAAAAGCUUUUCUGAUGCACAAUCAGAAUGUACAUACAUGCCUGUAGUUCCUAUUAAAUGUAUGCAUUUUUCUUCUUCUUUUAGCUAUA